AACGGAAGCGGAAGCCAGAAUGUCCUGGACGUCCACGGCCUCCCUGUGCUGCCGCCUCGUCCGCACCACCCCUGUCCGCCGCCACGCUCCACGCCAGACCUUGUGCUCCGCCGCGCGGAGUACCGACGCGGUGGACAGAGAGUACGCCGACCUCAACCUCCGGCCCCUCUACCCCAAUCGGGGCCAUCACCUUCGCAUCCGGCAGCACGUGAAUCCACUCAGCGCCUUGUUCGUUGAGCCCACGGAGCCGCCUGAAUGGAAGGAGGUGUUCGAGGACCCCCUUCUGCCCCUCAUGGUCGACAUCGGCUGCGGGAGUGGGAGGUUCUUGGUCUGGUUAGCCAAGAACUCCAGCGAAAGGCGGAACUACCUCGGACUGGAAAUCCGGCAAAAGUUGGUGGAGCGCACACAGUUCUGGGUAACAAAAUUGGGGCUUAGGAAUGUUUACUUUAUGUUUGCAAAUGCAACUGUGUCUUUUGAGCAAAUCGUGUCAUCAUACCCUGGUCCCUUAUCACUUGUUUCAAUACUGUGCCCUGAUCCUCACUUUAAGAAGAAGCAUCACAAGAGAAGAGUUCUACAGACACAAUUGGUGGAUUCAAUCACAAAGAACCUUUGUCUGGGUGGACGGGUUCUUGUACAAUCAGAUGUGCUUGAUGUAGCUGCAGACAUGAGAGAAAGGUUUGAUGGAUACUCAGAUGUGUUUGAGCAUGUUGAUUGUAUUGAUGAAGAUCUUCGGUGUGACACCCAAGGAUGGCUUCUUGACAACCCUAUGGGAAUACGUACGGAGAGGGAAAUCCAUGCUGAGUUAGAAGGAGCAACCAUAUAUAGGAGGAUGUACCAAAAAACCAGUUGUUUCUCCAGAUUACUCCAUUAGCUCAGUUGACGCAAGUGUUGAGG